AUGCCCUACUCCUGCCUCCCAACCUAUCCCCUCAUCCUCUUCGGCGUGAUCGAGCCAGCUCUACUAAUAUGGGCCUACAUCACCGGCCUAACCUCCCCCCUCCACUUCUUCACCUCCCAAGCCCCCAACCCCACCCUCCCACCAACAACCACCUUCACGCCCCAAGCCGAAGCCCUCACGCUCCAACUCCUCAACGUGUUACUCCUGCUCGCUCCCAUGUCGCUGAUAUGCUGCUGGACCACCAAUUCCACCACGACGAAGUGGUAUUUGAUCGCGGUGGCGUUUGCGGAUUUGGGGCAUGUUUAUGCUACGUAUCGGGGCGUGGGGUAUGAGUACUUUGUUAAUCCGAGCGGGUGGAAUGAUAUGGUUUGGGGGAAUGUUGGGGUGAGUUUGUUUUUGCAUGUGAAUCGGUGGGCGGCUGUUAUGGGGGUGUUUGGGAGGGUGGGGGUUGUUGAGGGGGAGGGGCGGAAGAGGGAAUGA